UACAAACGCACACGCACUCACGGAGAGAGGGAGGGAGAGUUUGCCCUACAUCCUCAUUCUAUAACUGCCCUCCACUGGUGGAACAGGCAGUGACGGAGGCGUCUGCAGGCGACAGCUACCCCGGCUCACAGCUGAUCCUCCGCCUAAAUUUAUCGACACAGAUGAUGAUGACGAUAGUAUCCACUCUGUCGUUGGGAAAACCCCGAAGAAAAACUAGAGACGGAGUCUAAAAGGGAGGAAAAACACCCUCACCCGCUCAAACUUCACAAGAGACAGCUUUGCAGGUUCUCCUGGUGCGACCGUGUAUGCCUGAUUGGGACCUGGUGUGUGUCAGUGGGCUAUGGUGAGGCGAUGUGCACAGGCUGGUGUGAGGAGAAAUGUACCAGCAUCAGUGGAAGGAGAGGUAAAAGACUGGAUCUUCAUUCAUGGCUGUGUGUGUCACUCUUGUUCUCAACCCUGUGGGGCCAAGCUUCCCCUCAGUGCCCGGACAGCUGCCACUGUGCCUGGGACACGGCCACGGUCCUGUGCUCGGACGCCGGGCUGCGGGAGAUCCCCGAGGGGAUCCCGCCAGAGACCGUCUCCCUCCACUUGGAGCGCAACUACAUCCGGACCAUCCCUGAGAGUGCCUUCAGCAACCUGGUCCACUUGCGGGAACUGUACCUGUCCCACAACCGCAUCGACUCGCUGGCCUCGGGGGCCCUGCUGCACCUGGGCUCCGAGCUGCGCCUCCUGGACCUCUCGCACAACCAGCUGAGGCAGGCCAGCAGGGAGGAGUUCGGCACCACCCAUGCAAAAACUCGCCUCUACCACAAUCCCUGGCACUGUGACUGCGCCCUCCAGGAGCUGAUGGGGACUCUGAACUUGGAGCCCGAGACGGUGAAUGGCAUCAUUUGCGAGAGCUCUGUGCGGGGGGUGGGAGAGGGGAGCCGGUGGGAGGACCCGGUCUCACAGGGGGAGCACGCAGGCCAACCUGUGGUCAAACUGUUGGAUUCCGGGGUGAAUUUCUGCAGCAUGCAGAGGAAGACCACCGACGUAGCCAUGCUCGUGACCAUGUUUGUAUGGUUCUUUAUGGUCAUUGUCUAUGUAGUGUACUACGUGAGGCAGAACCAGGCUGAGGCCCGCAGGCAUUUGGAGUACCUGAAGAGUUUACCCAGCCCACGCAAGACUCCCAUUGAGGCAGACACUCUCAGCACUGGAUUCUGAACGGAUUCCAAUUGUUGUUGUGUAAAUGGAAUAAUGAAAUGUCAUUUUAAUGGAGCUGUAAACCGUAAACCAACUGUGGAAGAUGUAGAUACGGAGGAAAUGGACCGCUCAGUGCUGUAUGAUUACAAUAUUUGUUUAUCUUUCUUACUCAGCCCCCCAUGUUUUCCCCAUUCCUCGUCCUAUCACACUGCUCUCAGUUAAGUGAAAAAUAGGAAGCACUUGUUUACACACCCUACCGUCUGCACUGAGAGAAGAACAGACACUGAAAAGUAAAAAAAUAUAUAAAAGAUGAAAUAAGAAUGUGUAAAAAAGACUUCGAACUUAAUAAUCUCCCUUUGUAGUCCCUCCUUUCUUGUUUCGCCGUGCCUCGUGCUGUGCUCUUUUAUCUUUCAUUACACCCUAAUUAGAAGUCUUUGACCGACUGACCCUUAAUGAACACUUGAAAGGCACUAAUCAGCUGGAGUGUGUUUAUAAGGCCAGAGAAAAGACGAGUGUGGAAACUCCAGUGCGCGUCCUCUUCUAAUAGCGCGAUUGAUUUGCGCAUGUACGUUGGCACUGGUGUGGUACUUUUUACGCGGCCAUUUUCUACAUAGACAACAUCAGUUUUUACACAAAUGCCAUUUAAGCCUUUCCAAAAUACAUGGCCAAUUAAGCCAGUUGUGUUGGUUCCAGUGGUGAGCAGCUUAUCCAAAUUUACUCCCAGGAAUCCAUUAGCGACAGAGGUUAACGAUUUUGUCUCCAAGCAGCAGCAAUCAGCCCUGAAACAUCUGCACGGAUUAGGAUACAGACAUCUGUUACUGACCGGUAUAGAACCAUUUCAUCCAAAUGUAGGAAUCCUGACAGAAACUGUUAAUCUCUCCAGUCCCGCUUAUUUCACCCUCCCAAUUUUUCUCAAGGGCCCUAAUUGACUUUUACCUUAUAAAUGGAAUAAUUUUCUCAGAACAUUGAGUGUUAAAAACGGAAGUCGUUCUUUAUAUAUGUACACCGAAGUUCAUGUCUGUUGCGUAUGUGGCACAAAACCUGAAGUGGAUAACAUUUUGUUCAGUUGUACGUGAGUUUAUUCAAUCAAUACAUGGAGCAUUCUCUAAGAGGAGGGCUUACUGCCUGAGUAAAUAUUUUUCAUUCUUUGCUGUUACAUUAGAAAACUGUUUUCUUUUGCCAGCCAACAUCCAUUGUAAUGGGUCACAAACUAAUAAUUCAAAGGAUGUUUUCAGCCAAUUUUUCCGAAGUGUUCCGAAUAUUUCCUGAAUGUUGGCUGUUUGUCUGUGUGAAUGGGAUAGAAAAGCUGAAAACUUCCCGCAAUUUUUUACAAAAGAUUUUCCUCUAAGGGGAUUUUGUUUCCAUGAUGUUUUUUCGGCAUUCAAUUUGAUGGUAUCCAAACAAAUUAAGGACUAAUUACUUUAUCAUAACUUUAAGAUUACAACCCCUACGUGAUGUCACAGGAAAAAUGAAGAGUGAUUUUGAAGCAGAGUGUGGCACCUCUGGCCAUCGCCUUCUUGGUAGUGCUUGACUCCACCCAGCUCUAAUUUCAAAAGAUGUGGAGCUGAGGCAGAUAACUAGCAACCUGUGACGGUGCUCACCUGUGUCACAAAUAAGAACCAUCAGAACAAAACAGUCAGCCAUGUUUAUUUCUGUUAUGAAGUUAGACAUGUUUAACAUGGAGAUUUAUGGUGAUAGACUCACUUUUGGCCUAGGUGGCCAUUAGGAGAACAGCAGUUGUUGACACUUCAACACCUUCAUUUCUCAGUCUGGAAGUUAGCCUACAGCUGAGCAGUAAUACACAGGGCUCUCAAGUCUCACACACAUUUCAGUAAGUUCACACGCUCACAUGUGGCAUUUCUCAUGCUGAGAAAUGAUAAAACUCGCGGCACAUUAGUGACAGACUGACCUAUCAGCCAAUCAGAAAGCAGUAUUUCUUGUUGCCAGAUGAAAUAGCAGCGCUGUAAUCAUGCCUUCCACCAAAUGUGCACUUAAUAUUUGGUCCUGAAAGUCGUCCAUAAAACAAUUUGUUAGGUUUAAAGGAAUGUGUCCUUUAUAAGAUUAAUACACUGAUAUAUUACCUUCAAACAUGCUUCACCCCGUCUCAGCUCGAAAAAAAAAAAAAAAGCUCACUCCAAGCUAAGCUCAAAACUUUAGAGCCCUGGUAAUGCAGCAAAAUCUAAAGUACAGAUUGAUGUAGAGAUUGAUGAUUUAAGUAGAGAUUGAUGUUUUUUUUGUUUUUUGUUUUUUUUACUUGUAAUGCAUCACAAACCAAAACCUGGGAAUGUUUUCAGCCUAGCUAUAGGGAUGUCUGUCUGACAGUCAACAGCAAGCAUAAAAGCUGGUCUAACCAUGUUCACAUAACUUUUGCUAUUCCUAUGUUUUUCUACCAGCAGCACAGUCAUGUGUAAAAAAUAAUCUCAUGAAUCAUUCUGGAUACCUGUCAUGACAUUCCCACGAUAAUUAGGAAAUGUUUGUGAGCGAACCUGAACCAGUUAUUAUACCCACUAAACAUCAGCUAGCAUUUAGCUCAAAGCCGUGCUGAUGGAGCACUGUACAGCCUCCCAGAGCUGCUACCGGGGCAUUGUCUUAUUUAUGUGUCUCUUAUAUGUGGUAGAUUUAAGUGUACAGACUUCUACAUGUUCAUGGUAUGUAAACAUUGUUCUGCGUUUGAUCUAACCGUUGGGUUCGUAAAAUGAAAAGACGUGAGGCAGAGUCUAGAAUAGGUCAACUUUCUGUGUACUGUGCUGUGCUGAUGUGUUGUGUGUGCUUUGUAAUCUACAAGAAAGUCUCUGUGUUGUUCCCAUGCUGUUAAACUAGAACUAGAGCAGUUAAAAGUUACACAUAGACUGAUUUUUGACACUGGUAUUGUGAAACUUGAUCUUGGUUGGUAAACCAUGGACCAAAAGAGUUUGAGAAUAAAAAAAGGUGGACUCUUGUUCUGUGACUUUCAAAACUAAACUGUGGGUAAAUUUGUGAAGCUCUGUUUUCAUGCCAUUUCCUGAAUGUUAGCUGUGUGUCUCGAGUCGUACAUCUAAUGCAAGAGUUCAGUUUCCUGCACAUCUCUAACAUUAACAUAAUCUCGGACCAACUACAGUGAUGGCAACAAAUCCAAACUCAAGAAGCAAACAUGUCCUCCGAGUGAAUUUUUUUCAGUGGGUAUUUUUUUUUAUUAUUAUCAUUGAUGUAUUUCUGUCCCAGUGAUUUGUUUACUUUCCUAUUUGUUCACCAAAAUGACAAGGAUAAAGUCAGACACAUCAGACACAUUAAAUAAUAAACUAACACAAAGUGAUUUCAGAAAAAAAACUUACAGCAAAUAAUGUAAAAAAUAAAAGAAACGUUGCUCUACUUUGUUCAUAGAAA